AAAAAUGAAAAAAGACGCAGAACCGGCAGAACUAUCCAUAGAUCUAUCCUGUAAAUAUAUGCGUGCUCAUAUUUAGGUCUUGUAGUAGUCGUUUUUUUUUAUAGAGUUGAAUGUUUUGAAACUAUGAAGAACGUAGAAAUAAAAGCCAAGGUCGAUAAUAUCGACCAUGUUGAGGAAAAGGCAAAGAAACUUAGUGAUACUCCGUUAGUUGUUAUUGAUCAACAUGACAUUUUCUUUCAUGUACCAAGUAAUCAGGCAGCUUGUGGUGGUAGAUUGAAAUUGCGCCAAUUCAAGGAUGGGACUGGAGAACUUAUCUAUUAUGAGAGACCAGAUGUCACAGGUCCCAAGACAUCAACGUACUCAAUGGUUAAACUAGAUGAAGAAAGAAGAAGGAAUUUGAGAGUAGUUUUGACACAGUCUAAUGGUGUUCUGGGCACUAUCGAAAAGACAAGGAAUCUCUACAUGGUUGGACAAACACGUAUUCACAUUGACCGUGUACUUGGAUUAGGAAAUUUUCUUGAACUGGAGGUUGUUCUAAAUGAUGGUGAUGACCCAAAAAUAGGAGAAGAAAUUGCUAAAAAUCUAAUGAAAGAUCUUGGAAUUUCAGAAAAUUCUUUAUUAUCUGGAGCCUACAUGGAUAUGGUUUUGCGCAACUAAAGUGCUUGGAGUCUUUCUUUCUUCUCUGAUGGUGUCUUUUAAACUUGAAAAUCUUAAUAGCUUUUUUACUUUUGUGAUAUUUUCGAAGAUCAAUGUACAAUUAAAAUAUCAAUAUUUUUGCUUCCUCCUAGAGGAAGUUUUGUAUUUUACUUUUUUCGCCCAAUUCAAUUAAUUGGCAUGGAGCCUUUUAUUAGCAAUGUCUAAUUUCUUCUUAAUUUUUGUUUAUUAAUAUGAGAAAUAAAUCAUUGUUCUAUACUUUGUAAAA